UUUCGGGUGGAUCCUGGGCAGAGGGAGACCUGCUGGGGCCUGUCCUGGGCUGGCUUGGCAGCACUGGCGCUGCCUCAGCCCUGCGCCCGCACGAGGACCGGGAUGGUCCCUCCUGAAACACAGAGCCUUUAGCGUGGAAGAAUGGCGGGUGGCGUGGACGGCCCCAUAGGGAUCCCGUUCCCGGAUCACAGCAGCGACAUCCUCAGCAGCCUGAACGAGCAGAGGAACAACGGGCUGCUGUGCGACGUGGUCAUCCUGGUGGAAGGCCAGGAGUUCCCCACCCACCGCUCCGUCCUGGCGGCGUGCAGCCAGUACUUCAAGAAGCUCUUCACCUCAGGGUUAGUGGUGGACCAGCAGAACGUGUAUGAGAUAGACUUUGUGAGUGCGGACGCCCUGUCGGCGCUGCUGGAGUUCGCCUACACCGCGACCCUCACCGUCAGCACUUCCAACGUCAACGACAUCCUCAACGCCGCCACGCUGCUGGAGAUCCCGGCCGUCAGGGAUGUCUGCACGGAUCUCCUGGAGAGGAAGAUUCUGGCCAAAAACGACCAGAUGGAUACAGUAGAUCAAAUUGAUCAGAGGAACCAUCUCAGAGCAAAAGAGUACCUGGAGUUCUUCCAGAGCAACCCCGUGAACGGCCACCAAGGCAGCUUUCCGUGGACCAACACAGAGUUGAGAGACCUUCAGAGACUGAACUUCCGAGGCCAAGAGGAGGAGGAGGAGUCGAACUGCAACGGCCUGGACUUCUACUCGCAAGCCACCCCAACCGAAAGACCAAAGGCAAGUGACUGUGACCCCGACAGCAACCCGGCCAUGUGGCUGGACCGCGAGGACGAGGAGCCGGUCAGCGGCGGGAUGUUCUCCCCUUCCCAGAACGGACAUUACAGCAGCCGUGGCUUGGCCACUCCCGGAGAAGAGGAGGGGGGAACCCCCAGGGGCCCUCUGGACCCGCAGGAAGCCGGGGACUCGCCCAGCUUCAUCCCCACGGGCACGGAGACGGAGGACGAUGCCAGGGAGGUGGAUGACCUGGCCGCCAGCACCCUGCUCCAGCAGAUGAUCAGCUCGGUGGGGCGGCAGCAGCUCGGCGACGACGACCGCAAGGACGAGGACGGGGUCAUGGAUUAUUACUUGAAAUAUUUCGGCAGUUCCAGCGAGGGCGACGUGUACCCGUCCUGGUCCCAGAAGGUGGAGAAGAAGAUCAGGGCGAAAGCAUUCCAGAAGUGCCCCAUCUGCGAGAAGGUGAUCCAGGGCGCCGGGAAGCUGCCGCGCCACAUCCGCACCCACACCGGGGAGAAACCCUACGAGUGCAACAUCUGCAACGUCCGAUUCACCAGGCAGGACAAGCUGAAGGUGCACAUGCGGAAGCACACGGGCGAGAAGCCCUACCUGUGCCAGCAGUGCGGCGCCGCCUUCGCCCACAACUACGACUUGAAGAACCACAUGCGGGUGCACACGGGGCUGCGGCCGUACCAGUGCGACAGCUGCUGCAAGACUUUCGUCCGCUCCGACCACCUGCACAGGCACCUUAAAAAAGAUGGAUGCAACGGGAUCCCGUCGCGGCGGGGCCGCAAGCCCAGGGUGAGGGAGGCCGGGGCGAUGCCGCCCACGCCCACGGGCAGCGCCGAGGACGCGGCCGGAGCCGAGAGCCAGGAGUCGGAGGAUGCGGCGCAGGGCACGGAGCAGGAGCAGCAGCAGCAGCAGCAGCAGCAGCACUUUGAGGAGAAUUCCAAUAACGAAGCGCCGGGAUUGAAUGUAGCAGGAGGGUCGGAUGAGGGUAACGCGCAAGGACUCUCCUAAACCAAAAAAAAAAAAAGAAAUUAUAUUAUAUAUACAAGCAACCCCCCAAGCGACGAAACAACCACCUGAAAACAGAAAAAAAAAAAAACGAGUCACAAGAUCUAGUUAGUACUUUUCCUCUGAUUUUUCUCUUUAAAAGAUGUUUCUCUCCCUUUUUUUUAAGGAAAAAAAAAAA